AUGUCGAAUGCACCCCCACUUCCAAUCGCAGGCGCAAAGCCCAGACUCCCAGCUUCGCAACGCAUACCUCCAAUCGUAGCUCCAUUCGUCAGUGACAAAGCUAAGAAGCUUCUCGACGUGAUCGAAAAAUGGAUUGACGAAGAAGUCAUCCCAGCCGAUGCAGUAUACGGCGCACAGACCGGUAUCGGCGAUGAGAGAUGGGAAGGUCAUGGCUCCAUCCUCGACGAUCUGAAAAAGAGGGCAAGAGAAUUAGGAUUGUGGAAUAUGUUCUUGCCUAGAAACCAUUAUGCCAAUCUCGCGGAAUACGAUCAAUAUGGAGGCGCUGGAGGUUUCACGAAUGUGGAGUAUGGUUUGAUGGCCGAGCUUCUGGGAAGGAGCAGCCUGGGUAGUGAGGCUUGCAACUGUGCUGCGCCGGAUACAGGAAAUAUGGAGGUUAUUGCUAGGUAUGGUACACAUGAGCAGAAGCAGAACUGGUUGAGGCCUUUGCUCGCUGGAGAGAUUAGAAGUGGUUUCUUGAUGACUGAGCCAGACAAGGCGAGUUCGGACGGAAGUAAUAUCAGCCUUGAUAUCCGACAAGAAGGAAACGAGAUUGUCCUCAAUGGCAGCAAAUGGUGGAGUUCGGGAGCUGGAGAUGAUCGAUGCAAGAUUUACAUUGUUAUGGGUUUGAGCGACAAGAACAGCCAGGAUCGAUACAAGCGACAGAGUAUGGUCCUGGUGCCAUCUGACGCUAAGGGGCUGACUGUGCAUCGAAUGCUUUCCGUCUAUGGAUAUGAUGAUGCACCACAUGGCCACGGUCACAUCACAUUCAAUAAUGUCCGCGUACCGAUGUCGAACCUGCUCCUUGGUUUCGGUCGUGGUAACGAAAUCAUGCAAGGACGUCUCGGCCCAGGCAGAAUUCAUCAUGCAAUGAGAUCGAUUGGUGCCGCAGAGGUCGCUCUCGAAUGGAUGAUUGCUCGUCUGAACGAUGAAAGGAAGAUUCCUUUCGGCAAGCCCCUGCGAGAACAUGGUGUCCUGCUUGAGUGGGUCGCCAAGUCCAGAAUUGAGAUUGAUUCAGCCCGCUUAAUUGUCCUGAAUGCUGCCAUUAAGAUCGACAAUGGUGAUGCGAAGGCCGCACUCGUCGAAAUCGCUCAAGCCAAGGUUAUUACUCCAACGAUGGCAUGCACCGUCAUCGACCGAGCUGUUCAGGCUCACGGUGCGAUGGGAGUUUGCCAAGACACUCCGCUGGCAAGCUCUUGGGCACACAUUAGGACGAUCCGUAUUGCUGAUGGUCCAGAUGAGGUGCACUUGAACCAGAUGGGCCGGAGAGAAAACAAAGCGCGCGCACAGGAAUGCAGAGAGCGAAUCGACAGGCAGAGGAAGACGACCGAAGAGCUGAUGAGAAAAUGGCUUCAGCUUAAAGAGCAACCAGGUAGAAAACGCGCAUAG